AUGGCAUCCGGUCCCCCCACAUCGGCCGCGGCUCUUUUGCUGCUUCCCCCGCCGCCAUCCUUCGCGUUCAAACCAGUCAAGGAUGUAUUCGAAAGACCCCUUGCCGAUAUUCUGGUCAAGCUUGUUAAAUCUCUCAAUGGGUCCAGUUCCAUUGCUACUCUCGAUAUAGUCUUGCAAGUUCCGGAUUUGCUCUCGCCAUCCACGAGGCCACAAGCCAAGAUCUUUGCUCCGCUGCAGCACUAUCUCACCAGCAUUUAUACUCUCGUCGGAGCUGUCGCUGCCGCACACAAUAUCGAAUUGGACUCCCCCGGUGGCAUUGAUGCCCGAGCAUUAUUUACUGGGGACUCUUCUUCCAGCCCGUCUGUUUCUUCCGGCUUGAGCUUCGGGCCUAUUGUCGACUUGCAAUCUCUCGUGACCUCGGGCCGACGGUGGAACCAUGUGUUCUACCUUGACAACGAGGCCGGCAGCAAGCUAUUCCAGGAUUUCACUCGCACAAGCGAGGCCCAUAACGUCCAUACCGUGAUCAAUGGACAAGUCAUCUCUAAUAUCUCCGAUUGGAGCAUUCCGGCGUCUCUUUUACUUUCAGAGGGCCAUGAAGGCGCCUCAUUGCAGCCCCACUACUCCGUGAUUGUCGGUGGUACCUUCGACCAUCUUCACUUGGGCCACAAGCUUCUCCUCACGGCGCUGGCACUCACGCUAGAGCUACCCAGUGAAGCUGACCAGGGCCAGGAAAGGUUGCUGACCGUCGGAGUCACGGGCGAUGCGCUUUUGAAGAACAAAAAGUAUGCAGAGUUCCUCGAAAGCUGGGAUGCCCGUUUCCAGAGCACUGCUGCCUUCCUCCGUGCGGUAAUGGACUUUUCCCCCAAUAAUGCUCCCCGCACCGAGCGCACUACUGCACCCGGCCCCAAUGGCAACUUUGUGGUGAUGAGGAUUCAGCCCAAUCUGACGUUCAAGUUUGUGGAGAUCUGGGAUCCCUAUGGGCCAACCAUCACCGAGGAGAGUCUCACUGCGCUGGUUGUAUCGAAGGAAACUGCCUCUGGAGGAGCCGCGGUCAAUGACGAGCGGGCGAAGAAAGGAUGGAAGAGCUUGGCUAUCUUCGAAGUGGACGUGCUGCAGACUGGGGAGGCCACGGACGUUGCGGAUGCCAAUAACUUCGAGUCGAAGAUCAGCAGCACGGACAUUCGGCGACGUCGGAUGAACUUGGCCAAGGUGUGA